CGGUAAUCAACCUCGUCAGUUUGUGAUACGCUGUCCCUCAUCCCAUCCCUCACAGCGCGGUCCAUGGAGGAAUCGGAACUGCUUUCGGCCUGAAGGUCCUUUCCGCUCCCCGAGACUUACGAAUCCAUGCAUCAGUCAAACGCGCCGUCUGCUUCCGACAUGAGGUCGCUCACCUUCUUGCAUGUACCCCUCCUCUGCGGGUUGCUGUUCCUCAACACUGUCACUGCUCAAAUGCCAUUUAACCCCACCACCAUACUGCAGAAUGGCGCCCGUCUCUACGUCUACCGCCCCUCUCCCGGCUCAUCUUCGCAGUUCGAACUCGGAUCCAUCGACCUGUCUUCCAAGGUCAUUGCAUCCGAGCUCCAGCUCACCACCCUCUUACCCACCCUGCCCUUCCUCGACACAAAGACACGUCGAGCCUUCACGCCAAUACUCGACAAUGGAGGAAACAUGACAGUGUACACCGGAGACUGUGCCAUGGGUGUAGGUGGUGCCGAAGUCUGGACCUUCACACCUCAGACGUCUGCGAAAAGCGGGAACGGCACCUGGGAGCAAGAAAGCCUGUCGUACAACAAGCAGGACAUGCACUUUUCUGCAAUCGGACCAAACUACCUCAACGGUGGCAUGGCAUUCUCUAGUCUAGUUAAGGGAGGUGCAAAAGAUACAGGUGCCUACUUCUUUGGCGGGAUGUGUCCCUCCCCAGACGGCAGCAGCGACUGGCAGUCCGCCGCGAACUAUUCGAACCUCAUGGUUACUCUCCAGCCCUCGAAGGACACGACAAAACCCUUUGGCUAUCAAAUCGGUGUUUCACCUAGUCGUGGACCGCCUAUUGCAGAAGCCGGAUUUACCUUGACUGGCCUCUCGCCAAGUUUCUCCAACAAGAGUGAUGGAACUCAGACCCAACAACAAAAUUUCGUGCUCGUCGGGGGCCACACUAGCAAUGCAUUCAUCAACAUGUCGCAGGUUGCACUAUUCUCUCUUCCAGAGCAAGGUUGGACCUUUCUCCCCGUCUCCCAGCCCGACACCCAGAGGACGGAUCUCGCCAUACACACUGACGUCAACGAAAUCGAGCCUAGAUCUGGUCAUACUGCAGUACUCACCCAGGAUGGGCAGCGAAUCGUUCUCUUUGGAGGCUGGAUUGGAGAUGUUGAUACGCCUGCCAACCCUCAAUUAGCAAUUCUCAACGUUGGCCAAGGCUUUGGGGGACAAGGGAAUUGGGAAUGGACCGUGCCAGCUACUUCCGGACCGGGAUUAACUAAAAACUCGGGAAUCUACGGCCAUGGUGCAGUCAUGCUUCCUGGUGGAGUUAUGAUGGUCAUGGGCGGAUACUCGAUAUCGGCACCCAGCUCCCGCUGGCGACGAGCUGGAAAAACUGCUUACACGAAGACGCUGUUCUUCAAUGUUACUUCAAACACCUGGAUAUCUGAGUACUCUCCACCCCCCCAGACGGCUACCUCCGCCCCUGCGCAAAUUGGACCCCUUGCAAAGACUUCUCAAAAGGUAGGACUCGGUGCAGGCCUUGGUAUUGGGAUGGCCGCCGUUCUUGGCUUGAUGGUGUUCUACAUAUGGUACACGAGACGACUAAAGAAGCAACGAGACUUCCGAGAGAAGCAGUUACGAGACCUUGCUAUGGGAGCCCACCGUUACAACAUUGAGUGUCUAACGCCUGGAGUGGAUGGCCGAGGCGGUCAUAUAGACGCUGUGGAAUAUUUCGACGACGCGAACGAUUUCUAUCCAACAGCCGACUGUCAGCAAAACCAAGGAUGGCGACGAUCUAACGGCCACGAUGCGGAAAGAACAGGUCUGUUGGUGGAGAUUCCAAGUCCCACACGAGGACUCAGGAGGAGUCUUGGCAGUAGAGCAAGCCACCAUCUCAAUGGGCGCGGUGGGGCGUCAGUUCGCGGUUCUGGACACAUUCAUCCGAUUGAUGAACUAGAAGAAGAGGAGCAGGUGCAUGAAAAAGAGCAGACAGUUGACAAAACGCCGCUUGCAUCGCAACCUGAAAUGUUAGAGCGUUCAGCUAACCGUGGAGUGUCCAUCUUCGAUAGCGCCCCGGUGCUCGAUCCUUUUACAAAUAGCCAUCGCGCAAGUGGGUUGAGCACCAAGCAGAGGAAAUCUGUCACUCAUUCGGCGCCAGCGUCUCCUACAUGCGAUGGGGCUGAGGAAGGAAACCAUGACUGGGAGAUUGUGCAUCCAGGACGCUCAAGCCCGACAUCGAAUGGUCGAGUGUCACCAACGAAAUCCGAUCGCACAGAGUCCAAUCUCAGUGAACGUAGCAUGCGAUCAAACCUAUCCUCCAACUCCACUAACGGCAGCGUUCGACGCAGCGUUUCUGUACGCUCGACAGCCAUCCUCAACAAUGCCUUCCAUGUUAACCCUUUCAAAACCCCAGAAGGCAGCCCAACAAGAGACAUACACCACAGACAUAGCGGCGGCGGCGGAGGAGGAGGAGGAUGGCAAAGUCCGACAGAUCCCCGCACGCAAUCCUUCACCAGCAUUCGCAGCAGCGGCCGUCCUAACGUCGUAAACGCGGACACCGACUCCUUCAUGACCGCUCGAACAUCUUUCAUGCAGCUCCAAGCAGAAGGCGAAGCCCUCCUCGGCGGAAAUCCCGAACGCGAGCGAGCCCGUCCCGACACAGCGUCCACGUCCAAUGGUUCCAGCACACAUACGUACCGCGACACGGAAGGGAGUGGGACAAUGAGUCGCGCCGGAACAAUCACCGCGAUGACAUCAGUUACAGACGCUUCCACCCGACCUCGAGAACGUAGGAAGAGCUGGCUUGGGAGCGUCCGACGCGCACUAUCGAGAUCCACGACUGCGAUGGAUACGCGAACGCGAUCGCUCACAACUUCAACACCGCAACUGGAAUCGUAUACGGAUAACCCGCCGUCGCCAACCGCCCCGGCCUCGAAGCGUAAAUCGUUUCCAGUAUCUAGUCCGCCUAGACGCGCAGCUUCGGACGCUGGCUUCUGGACUGGCAAGCGCGGGAAACAGGAUUGGCUGGACGAUGAGUUGGAUCCGAAUGACCCUCGCGCUCGAUGGCGGCGUACGAGUGGGGACAACUGGGGUGCGCCUGAGGAUGUGGCGUUUGCAGAAAAGGAAAGGAAGAGGGCGGAGUGGAGACAGCGUGGAAACCUCAUCAGUUUAGGGGACGAGGAUCACAUACAUCUGCCUUCUCCCCACCCAUCAAACCUCCCACCGGGGGAUUUUCUGAGCGGGAGGGGAGGAGAGGACGAAAGACCGAGCACCCCCGCCGAUGAAGAAGACUGGGACGUUGAAGCUGCGGUUGAGAGGAGGGUUGUGCAGGUCAUGUUCACAGUCCCUAAAACUCGGCUCCGCGUCGUAAACGCUGAUGUGGAUGGGAGUUCAAUUCUUUCCCUUCCGCGAGAAGAUAGAGAUAAGGACAAGAGUGACGGUAAAGGUGACGCGAGUAUGAGCCCGAGUAACAGUCCAAGUCGUGUCAAAGACCUCGUUGGGAGGUUCGAGCAGCAAGGGCCACCAAGGAUGUCUCCUAGACCCUCGCCGAGUCCAUCGGUGAGGUCGUUUAAAGUUCGCGGGAAGGGGAAGGAGAGAGAGGGGGCGACAGAUACAGAGGCUGAGGAGAGGUAGAUGAGAUGGGAGAAGUUGGGCUUAUAUAUUCCGCUUCUAUGUUACUGUUCGGAUGUUCAAAUUUGGCGAUUUUAAGGGGUUUAUGAUUGGACGAUCGCUUCUUUAAUUUACGCACAGUGCUUGAUGUGUCGAAUUGGAUCUGGAUUGGCUUAUUUAGCUUGUGUAUAGUUGGCGUUUUCAGGUGUUGGAGAUGGAUGGUUACUUGGAUACCUUGUCCUGUCUUGCUUUCUGUACAUGAGCUUUUUGGUGUGUGGUGAGAGCCGAG